ACUCCUGGGUCCGACCCAUCCCCACUUCUGCAGGGUUUGCGGUGAGGCCUAGCGGCCCAGAGCAAAUAAUUGGAUUCUAAGUGCUUGGCUAUAGUCACCUAACCGACCCCAGGGUCCCGGCACCCAACUCAGGAAAAGCUCGGCAGCUCGGCUCCGCGCACCCACGCCUGGCUGCUCCGCUUCGUGCCCCCCACCUGGGCAUGCGCCCCCUGAGUUCCCGGCCACCCAGAGCCCGCGCCGUCCCCCGGAGCCUUCCCAGAGCGGGCCGCGCAGGAUGGGCGCCCUCGGUCCUCCGCUGCUGCUGCUGCUAAUGCUGGGAGUCAGGUGCUGUGCCCGGGAGGUGCUGGUCCCCAAGGGGCCCCUGUACCGCGUGGCUGGCACAGCCAUCUCCAUCUCUUGCAAUGUCAGUGGCUACGAGGGCCCUGCCCAGCAGGACUUUGAGUGGUUCCUGUACAGGCCUGAGGCCCCAGAGGCUGCACUGGGCAUUGUCAGCACCAGGGAUUCCCGGUUCUCCUACGCUGUCUUCGGGCCCCGAGUGGCGGCUGGUGAGGUGCAGGUGCAGCGUCUGCAGGGUGAUGCCGUGGUGCUCAAGAUUGCUCGCCUGCAGGCCCAAGACGCUGGCAUUUACGAGUGCUACACACCCUCCACUGAUGCCCGCUACCUGGGCAGCUACAGCGGCAAGGUGGAACUGCGAGUUCUUCCAGAUGUGCUGCAGGUGUCUGCCUACCCCCCAGGACCCCGAGGCCGCCAGGCCCCAGCUUCACCCCCUCGCCUGAUGGUGCAUGAGGGGCAGGAGCUGGCACUGGGCUGCCUGGCGCGGACGAGCACGCAGAAGCACACACACCUGGCGGUGUCCUUUGGGCGAGCCGUGCCCGAGGCACCAGUGGGGCGAGCGACUCUGCAGGAGGUGGUGGGACUCCGGCCCGACCUGGCCGUGGAGGCCGGAGCACCCUAUGCUGAGCGGCUGGCUGCAGGGGAGCUGCGGCUGGGCAAGGAGGGGACUGAGCAGUACCGCAUGGUGGUGGGGGGUGCCCAGGCAGAGGAUGCGGGCACCUACCACUGCACUGCCGCCGAGUGGAUUCAGGAUCCUGAUGGCAGCUGGGCCCAGAUCGCAGAAAAGAGGGCUGUCCUGGCCCACGUGGACGUGCAGACGCUGUCCAGCCAGCUAGCAGUGGCAGUGGGGCCCGGUGAACGUCGGAUCGGCCCAGGGGAGCCGUUGGAACUGCUGUGCAAUGUGUCAGGAGCACUGCCCCCGCCAGGCCGUCAUGCUGCGUACUCUGUGGGCUGGGAGAUGGCACCUGCGGGGGCACCUGGGCCUGGCCGCCUGGUUGCCCAGCUGGACACAGAGGGUGUGGGCAGCCUGGGCCCUGGCUAUGAAGGGCGGCACAUAGCCAUGGAGAAGGUUGCUUCCAGAACCUACCGGCUACGGCUGGAGGCUGCCAGGCCUGGUGAUGCGGGCACCUACCGCUGCCUCGCCAAGGCCUACGUUCGAGGGUCUGGGGCCCGGCUUCGUGAGGCAGCCAGUGCCCGCUCCCGGCCCCUCCCUGUGCAUGUGCGAGAGGAAGGUGUGGUGCUGGAGGCUGUGGCAUGGCUGGCAGGAGGCACCGUCUACCGCGGGGAGACGGCUUCCCUGCUCUGCAACAUCUCUGUGCGGGGUGGGCCCCCGGGGCUGCGGCUGGCAGCCAGCUGGUGGGUGGAGCGACCAGAAGAGGGGGAGCUGAGCUCUGCCCCUGCCCAGCUAGUGGGUGGCGUGGGCCGGGACGGUGUGGCAGAGCUGGGGGUCCGGCCCGGAGGAGGCCCCGUCAGUGUGGAGCUGGUGGGGCCCCGAAGCCAUCGGCUGAGACUACAUGGCUUGGGGCCCGAGGACGAAGGCGUGUACCACUGUGCCCCCAGCGCCUGGGUGCAGCAUACUGACUACAGCUGGUACCAGGCGGGCAGCGCCCGCUCGGGGCCUGUCACAGUCUACCCCUACACGCAUGCCCUGGACACCCUGCUUGUGCCCCUGCUGGUGGGUGCAGGGGUUGCCUUCCUCACCGGUGCCAUUGUCCUUGGCACUAUCACCUGCUGCUUCAUGAAGAGGCUGCGAAAACGGUGAUCCCUGGCUCCCCAGUUCUCGCAGGUGUUGACCGUCUUCCAGCCCAGCUCCAAGCCUGCCUCUGGUUGCCUGGAUACCCUCUCCCUCUGUCUGCCCUUCUUUUAAUUUAUUUGACCUACCCCCAGCCAGAGUGGGGGACAUGGCCCCCAUUCCCCACUCCUUCCUUCCCGAACUCCUCCCUCUGGCCUUCUGUUCUUCAUCUCAUACCCAACCUGUAGGGAGGCCGUUCCCUGUCCAAGAAUUAGUUUUUCUAAAAUGUGAAUAAACUUGUUUUAUAAAAUCCA